UAAUCCCGCUUGUCACCGCUCGUGGGAGGAUUACAAAUGCAGAUGAACCGGAACAGGAUGUAGUUAGCCCCGUUCAGGCCGGUUUCUUCGAUUCUAUUGUAGCAAUAUCACAUGCAUCCAUCAGGAUAGGUUCACGUAACCCAAUUGCAGCUUCACACAUUACCUUCUUAGCCAUCCACCAUGUCGACACUCAAGCCAAUCGUUGUCUGGGGCCACGAUAUGGGUCCCAACCCAUUGAAAGUGCACAUCGUCCUCGAAGAGCUUGACAUCCCAUUCGACUACAAGAUCAUCAGCUUCUCGGACAUGAAGAAGGAGCCCUUCCUCAGCAUCAACCCGAACGGAAGGGUGCCCGCCAUCGAGGAUCCCAACACUGGGGUCACCAUAUGGGAGUCUGGACCGAUCUUGGAAUACAUCAUCGACCAGUACGACAAGGAGAACAAGCUAAGCUACGACACGCUGGCCGAGAAGUACCAGAUCAAGCAAUGGAUCGCCUUCCAGAUUUCAGGCCAAGGCCCCUACUACGGGCAAGCGGUCUGGUUCUCGCGCGUGCACCACGAGAAGCUGCCGUCGGCCAUCGAGCGGUACACGAAGGAGAUGGAGCGCGUGCGGUCGGUGCUCGAGCUGCACCUGUCGCGGUCGCCCUCGGGCUGGCUCGUCGGCGACAAGAUGACCGUCGCCGACCUCGCGUGGGUCAUGUGGGAGCAGAUCGGCACCCUCAUCCUCCUGUUCCAGGACAUCCACCUGGAGGGCAAGUACCCGCACUACGACGCGUGGUAUAAGAAGCUGUUGGAGCGCCCGACGGUCAGGAAGGUGCUGCUGUCGAGGACGAAGAGCCUCAGGGAGAGCGGGCUGGCGCCUGAUGCGCCGGAUCCGUUUUAAAAGGGGGGUGGGGGGUACUUCGCCUAACCUACGCAAAUAUGCUCGUCUUUUCUACCUAUAAGGAUGAUGUUCUAGGAUGAAGGGCUAUUAAAUAGGACAAGCGGGUCCGUUUUAUCAUGGCCGGUACUUACAGUUUUCAGUGAUCUUCAAGGAUGUAUUGUACCUAGUUGCCAAAUUAUACAGUUAAAAGAUGUAGAUGAAACUCUAAAAUUCGACGUGGGUUAAUUAGUUACCAUGAAGUGUUGUGAGUUCGAGGGGUUGGUUGGUAAGCAUCCUCCCCCCUCUUUCUUUGUUCAAGGGGGCAAUAUGCACCUGGGCAUGUGUGUGCCACGAGCCCAGCUACCUGGUACCUACCUCAUCUACAUGUACGAUGUACCCAAUACCUAGGUAGUAUA